AUGGGAAUCUCUACUGUUGCACUGUACCAUUGCCUUGCCUUUGUCUGGUAUUUUUUUGUUGCCUAUUCAAUCACACAUGUAAGCACAGAAGAGCGGCCAUCUGAAGUGUUCCUUUAUGGUGGGCAGUGGAAAUAUUUGACAGUCCUCAAUCUGGUUUUGCAGGCUGUCUUCUAUGGGGUGUCCUUCCUGGCUGAUGUGUUGAGACUAAUUAAGAAACUGCGAUGUGCUAAGUGCGUAAUUUCCAGCAGAGACCUUCUUUUCAGUGUCCUGGCUUUCCCAGUGUCCACAUUUGUGUGUAUAUCCUUUUGGACACUGUAUACCUACAACCGAGAAUUGGUUUACCCCAAAAGCCUUGAUGGAGUCAUCCCACUCUGGUUAAAUCACGCUAUGCACACAGCUGUAUUGCCAUUUGCUGUCCUGGAAAUCCUUGCUAUACCUCACCGCUACCCAGCGAAGAAGAAGGGAUUGAUCCUAUUAGGAUUCGUCGCUUUCCUGUAUAUCAGUUGGGUGCUGUGGAUUUAUUCUGUAACAGGAGAGUGGGUGUAUCCUCUCUUUGCUCUCUUCACCCCAGCUGGGCUAGCAGCCUUUUUCGCCGGUAGCCUUGCUGUCAUCGUCUCUUUCUACAACUUCGGGGAGUUCCUCAACCGUAUGAUAUGGGGUGAUUCAAUAGUAAUACUGGACUACAGGCAGAAAGGCAAGUGA